CAGAACACACCAUCAUUCUCCUGUUUCAGAAGACAGCGAGGGGAAUCCAGAGCACACAUGUUUUUUAUCUUUAUUUGAUUGUGAUGGACACAGAAUUCAGUUCAGCAGUUGGGAAAACACAAACACCAUAAUGAAUUCUGAAGAAGACACUGAUUAUCACAACACUUGUGAUGGAGAGAAAAGGUCUCUGGAGAGAUCAGUAUCACAUGUCCCCAGUGUUUUGUCCAUGAAAAGUGACAAAUCAAUGAAAAUACCAAUUCAGUUUAAAAAAGGAGAUUCUCAGUUCGAUCAGAGUUCUGAGGAAAGAUCACAUUCAUCUGAUCCCAGUGUUUGGUCCCUGAAAACCGACAAACCAAUGAAAAUACCAAAUCAUUUAAAAAAUGGAUAUUCUCUGUAUGACCAAAGACAUAAUGGUUACAGACAUAACCAGCAAAAACGUGAUCCAGAGAUCUACCAAAAAUUAAAAUCUUGCAUGAAAAAAAAGCAUCUCUACAUUUUAGAAGGAUUUGCAAAGCAGGGAAACCCAACACUCCUGAAUGAGAUCUACACAGAGCUUUACAUCACAGAGGGUGGAAAUGGAGAGAUCAGUAAUGAACAUGAAAUUAAAAGGAUAGAGAAAUCAUUGAAGGCUGCUGAAGGAGCAACAAUACCAAUCAAAUGCAAUGACAUCUUUAGACCUUUACCUGGACAAGACAAACCCAUCAGAACUGUGCUGACAAAGGGAGUCGCUGGCAUUGGAAAAACAGUCUCUGUGCAGAAGUUCAUCCUGGACUGGGCUGAAGAGAAAGAGAAUCAGGACGUCCAGCUCGUAUUUCCACUGCCUUUCAGAGAGAUCAAUCUGAUGAAGGACAAAAAGUUCAGUUUAGUUGGUCUUCUUCAAACCUUCUUUAUGGGAGAGACAAGUUUACAUCUGAUUCAAAACUCCUCUGUAGUUUUCAUCUUUGAUGGUCUGGAUGAGUGUCGUCUUCCCUUAAACUUUCACAGCAAUGAGACUCUACUGGAUGUGACCAAAGAGACAUCACUGGACGCGCUGCUGACGAACCUCAUUGUGGGGAAUCUGCUUCCCUCUGCUCUCAUCUGGAUCACCUCCAGACCAGCAGCAGCCGAUCUCGUCCCCUCUGAGUGUGUCCAUCGAGUGACAGAGGUACGAGGCUUCAAUGAUCCACAGAAGGAGGAAUACUUCAGGAAGAGAAUCAGUGAUCAGAGUCUGGCCAAUACAAUCAUCACACACCUGAAGUCCUCAAGGAGCCUCUACAUCAUGUGCCACAUCCCAGUGUUCUGCUGGAUCUCAGCCACUGUUCUGGAGAAGAUGCUGAGCGAAGCAGAGAGAGGAGAGAUUCCCAAGACUCUCACUCAGAUGUAUACACACUUCCUGAUGGCACAGAUUAGCAUCAAAGACACAAAGUACAAUGAGAAGAAUGACACAGACAGAGAGAUGAUUUUCAAAUUAGGGAAACUGGCUUUUCAGCAGCUUGUGAAAGGCAAUGUGAUCUUCUAUGAGGAAGACCUGAGAGAGUGUGGCGUUGAUGUGACAGAAGCAUCAGUGUACUCAGGAUUGUGCACUCAGAUCUUCAGAGAGGAGUUUGGCUGGUAUCAGGGGAAAGUCUUCUGCUUUGUUCAUCUGAGCGUUCAGGAACAUCUAGCGGCUCUAUAUGUGCACCUCUCCUUCCACAACAGCAGCAAAAAUGUCCUUGCAGAAGGCAACACAAAUGAAUCAGAAAUGAAUGUGACAGUGCCAAUCAUACUCAAAUGUGCAGUUGAUAAAACUUUAGAAAGUAAGACUGGACAUCUCGAUCUCUUUCUUCGCUUUCUCAUGGGACUUUCGAUUGAGUCAAACCAGGCCCUCCUGGAACGUUUUUUUGCGAAAAGAACAAUUAUCCCCCAGGACUCCUCGGAAACUACUGAGUACCUCAAGGAUAAACUAAAAAUCUGUUGUCCAGAAACAAGUAUUCUUCUGUUCCACUGUCUAAAUGAACUUAAUGAUCAUUCUCUAAAUGAUGAAAUCCAAAAAUACAUAACCUUAGGAAAAGUUGAAGACAUCCAGUCCCAAGAACUUUGGUUUGCUCUAAUGUUCAUUUUAAUGACAUCAGAUGAGAAGUUUGAUGAGUUUGAACUAUAUAAAUAUGGUAGAUCAGAUACAAUCUUUGGCUGGCUUCAGCCAGUGAUCAAACUGUCUACAAAGGCCCGGUUGGAUAAUUGUAAUAUUACAGAAAAAGGCUGUAUAACGCUGUCUAUACUUCUUUCAUCACAAUCCAAUGUGAGAGAGCUGAAUGUGAGCCACAACAAACUGCAGGACUCAGGAGUAGAAAUACUCAGUGUCGGAGUAAAGGAAUCAUGCUAUGCCAGACAGAUAAUUGAUGAAUUGUUCUGCAAUGUGCCAAACAAAAAGGACAAAUCUGAAGAUUUUAUAAGUCUCACUGCUGGACUACAGGACACAGAGUGUAGACUGGAAUCUUUGAACCUGAAGAACUGUGGAGUAACAGAAGCGGGCUGUGUUUUCCUGAGCUCAGCUCUGAGUUUAAACCCUUCUCAUCUGAAAGUGCUGGACCUGAGCUGGAAUAACAUAGGAGACUCAGGAGUUAAACAGCUCUGUGCUGCUCUGGAGAAAGUUCAGUGUGCAUUAGAAACACUGAAACUUUCAACCAGCAAAAUCAACGCAGAAGGCUUUGAAUCGCUGGCUUCAGCUCUGCAGUCAAACGCUCAGCUGAGAGAGCUGGACCUGGGAAACAACAGACCUGGAGAUCAGGGAGUUGAGCUGCUGUCUGCUGUUCUCCACAAUACAAACUGUAGACUGAAAACACUGAGGUUGGACAAAUGUGGAAUUACAGAGAAAAGUUGCACUGCUCUGGCUUCAGCUCUCAGCUCAAAGACCUCCAAUCUGACAGACCUGGAUCUGAGUAUUAAUGAUCUAGGAGACUCAGGUGUGAAGAAGCUCUGUGUCGGACUGGAGAAUCCUCACUGUAAACUAGAGAAGCUGAGGUUGUCCAACUGUAAUGUUACACACAAAAGUGCGACGGCACUGACCGAAGCUCUGAAAUCAAAUCCAUCCCACCUGAAAGAGAUCGAUCUGCUUGAGAAUGAUCUGGAAGAGUCAGACUUGAAUGUGAUCUCCAUGAUACUGGAAAAGUCAUCAUAAAAA